AUGGUCUCUACACGUAGAGAGACAGAGGGGGAACUGUUUCGCUCGCGAGGAUGCUUUCUCCGAACGGAAUUAAAUAAAAACGCCUACCUCUUUCCUGCAAUUAUAUCUAUCUUUGGUAAUGUUGCCCUGGUCUUAGGUAAUGUUGCCCUGGUCUUUGGUAAUGUUGCCCUGGUCUUAGGUAAUGUUGCCCUGGUCUUAGGUAAUGUUGCCCUGGUCUUUGGUAAUGUUACCCUGGUCUUUAGUAAUGUUACCCUGGUCUUAGGUAAUGUUACCCUGGUCUUUGGUUAUGUUACCCUGGUCUUGGGUAAUGUUGCCCUGGUCUUUGGUAAUGUUGCCCUGGUCUUUGGUAAUGUUGCCCUGGUCUUUGGUAAUGUUGCCCUGGUCUUGGGUAAUGUUGCCCUGGUCUUUGGUAAUGUUGCCCUGGUCUUGGGUAAUGUUGCCCUGGUCUUUGGUAAUGUUGCCCUGGUCUUUGGUAAUGUUGCCCUGGUCUUUGGUAAUGUUGCCCUGGUCUUAGGUAAUGUUGCCCUGGUCUUUGGUAAUGUUGCCCUGGUCUUGGGUUAUGUUGCCCUGGUCUUUGGUAAUGUUACCCUGGUCUUUGGUAAUGUUACCCUGGUCUUUGGUAAUGUUGCCCUGGUCUUUGGUAAUGUUGCCCUGGUCUUUGGUAAUGUUGCCCUGGUCUUAGGUAAUGUUGCCCUGGUCUUUGGUAAUGUUGCCCUGGUCUUUGGUAAUGUUGCCCUGGUCUUUAGUAAUGUUGCCCUGGUCUUAGGUAAUGUUGCCCUGGUCUUAGGUAAUGUUGCCCUGGUCUUUGGUAAUGUUGCCCUGGUCUUUGGUAAUGUUGCCCUGGUCUUGGGUAAUGUUGCCCUGGUCUUUAGUAAUGUUGCCCUGGUCUUGGGUAAUGUUGCCCUGGUCUUAGGUAAUGUUGCCCUGGUCUUUGGUAAUGUUGCCCUGGUCUUUGGUAAUGUUGCCCUGGUCUUGGGUAAUGUUGCCCUGGUCUUUGUUGCAAGUUUUGGCACAUUCACUUCAGCAACAUAG